ACUGCUUUUGUCAAAGUUGAGACAUUUCAGAGAGAGUCUGCUGUGUCUGAAGGCACAAGAGGAUACUCAGCAUAACAAGUAAUGACAACCAUGGCAGUUCUGCGGAUUACGCUUUGUGCUGCCUUCAUGGCGACUCUGGUGCUGUCCAAACCAGUCUGUGUAAGUGACUGUGAGGAUUCAUCAGAGUCCAGUGAGGCAGACUCAUCAGAGGAGACUGCCACUCACGUCGAGCCUUCACAGGAGCCCCUGCAGCCAGCGUUCACAGAGACAGACAUGCCUAAUGCCAUUGAAGAGACGAACUCCCCGGAUGCUGCAGCCCUACUUCCCUCUGCAGACCCAGGACCUUCCCCAGCUACACCUGAUACCCCAGCCCUGCCAAACCCCAAGGACCCACAAACCUCCACUGACACAGUGCCUUUACAACUCAUGCCAGAUGAUCCAUCGCAAACUGCUCUGGGUGUAGACUAUCCUCAGGACAUGCCUGAUUCUGAUCCAGCACAGGACUCGCCUAACACUGACAAUGUGCAAGGUCUACCACAUACAGAGGUCUCACGACACCCAGGGCUUACAGAUACAGUCAUAGCUGUUGGUGGCACAGAUCAACCACAAGUUACCACCACCACAACCACCAUCACCACAUACCAGAGAUUCCCCCAGGGUGCCACUCCACCCUUUCCUCCACAUAUAAUCAAACCAACACCUCCACCAUUCCACAGAGCCCCACCCCUGCCAAUCCCCAUUGGCACCGCUCUGACUGGUGUUCCUGUUUGUUUCACUUUCCAGUUUGCAACCACUGAGCCAGAGCCACCUAGAGGAGACAGCAUUUGACCCUGUCAGUAACAGUUAUCCAUUUCAGUUGUAGUUCUAUAUUAGGUUUAGGCUUUAGUGUUGUCUUGAUACUUUAUCAUUGUACUAUCAGGUUCAGAUAUCCAGAGUGUGCCUGACUUGAUGUGCAUUCCCUUCAUUCGUAGUUAAUUUGUUAUAAUGGUGCUAAUGUACAUGACUGCUAUACAAAUGAAAUGGAAAUAUAACAUCUCAAAUGUAUUCAUGUGAGCAGCUGUGAAUAAUGUGAUUAAAUGUUAUUAUCUCUAACUCAAUUAUUGGUUCAGGAGACAACACAAGAGUGUUUCAGUAAAAUGAUGUUGUUUAUUGGGAGUCUGUAUUAGUGUCAUUGUAAAGGUAACCAAAUUUACAUCUGCAAUUAACAAAGACACAAAAAGCAAAUAGUACCAGAGUCACAGUCCUCAUGUCACAGCAGCCGUACCAGAAAUUACAGUAUUGCAUGUAUGAGAAGGAAACAGUCAAUCAGUGCAUGUGUUGCAGCUGUAAUUAUGUCAUCAUAACAAUCAGGCAAGACUUAUUUCCAAAGCCACAGAGCAUAACGUCAUCUUCUAUGCUGGCGUUAGAAAAAUGAGCAGGUUAAAAAGGCCCAAUCAGUAAUUUUUUAGACUAUCUAAAUUACAUGUGCAUUUACAUACGUAACAGAAUUAGUUGACUUGUCAGUUAACAAAAAAA